AUGGGCAUAGCCCCGCCCACAGCCGGACGAGCGCCGUCUGCGCUGCGCAUGCGCGCGGGGCCGCCGAUGAGACCCUUCAUGCCUGAGGACUCCCAUAGCCCCCCCGGUCUAAGAGACCCCGAUGAUCUCCCCCCCGCUGCCUCAAGGCCCCCCCAGAUUCCCUUCCAUGACCCUCAGAUCCUUCUGGGCUCCCCGACCCUUCUCAAGGUCCUCCAUGGCUCCCCCCAGGGUCCCGCCCUGCUCCUGCCGCCCCCCCGUACCCCAAAUACCCCCCUGUGUCCCCCGAGCGGGGAGGCCCCCCCUGUUCCCCGGGCGGUGCCGGGGUCCCCCCGGGCGGUGCCGGAGCCCCGGGUGGUGCCGGAGCCCCCCCGGGAGGUGCCGGAGCCCCGGGCGGUGCCGGGGUCCCCCAGAGCGGUGCCGGAGCCCCGGGCGGUGCCGGGGUCCCCCCGGGCGGUGCCGGAGCCCCGGGUGGUGCCGGAGCCCCGGGAGGUGCCGGAGCCCCCCCGGGCGGUGCCGGGGUCCCCCCGGGCUGUGUCGGACGCCGAGCUCCGGGAGCUCUCGGAGCAGCUGCUCGCGGCAGACUCGAACCGGGCCGGGCCGGGGCAGCUGGAGCUGAACCUGCAGGGCUCGGGGAGCGGCACCGAGAGGCUGUUUUCCUACGUGUCCCCAGAGCUGCUGGCCCGUCCCACCUUCUCCCGGCUCCUGGCGCUCCUGGAUAACUACGAGCCGCGCACGGGCCGGGACGAGACGGAGACGGCCGAGGAGCAGCAGGAGCAGAGGGAAUUCCUGGACGCCGCCCUGGACACCCCGGUCCUGGUGCUGCUGGAGCGUUUCGUCCUCAGCAAGGGGCUGUACCCCUCGGCUGAGGCGUUCCGGGCCGAUCUCCACUCCAUGUGGUUUGGGCUCUACUCGCGCUCCAGUGGGAAGGCGCUGGAUUCCUCCGGCUUCGAGCACGUGUUCCAUGGGGAGGUGAAGAAGGGUUCGGUGUCGGGGUGUCACAACUGGGUGCAGCUGCAGGCGCUGGAGCGCGCGGGGCGGCUGGAGUACCUGGGCUACAGCUGGGACGGGCCCUGGACGGGCUUCCCGGACGUGCUGUCGCUGCAGUUCCGCUGGGACGGGCACUCCAAACCCCGGGGGUCGCUCCUGGUGGGCUCCAGCCCCGAGUUCGACCUGGCGCUGUUCACCCUCUGCUUCCUGGCCCGCCCCGACCGCCAGUGCCACGUCAGCCUGGGGGGAGAAGCCGCCACCAUCCAGACCUACACCUGGGACAAGCAGCGCCUCGUGGCCUCGGCGUACCCCCUCACCCCCUGACCCUUCCAAAACACCCCCAUGACCCCCCCCAUGAGCCCUCUUCACCCCUCAAUAAACCCC